CCGGAGUCAAGCUUUUCUCUUCCCUCUCUACCUUGUUCGACCACACACCUUCGUGGCCAUUGCUCAACUCAACUGGCCCGUCCUGCCACCCAUCACGGUUGUGCGACCAGGCCAGCUGUGCAGCAACCGCAACCUCCUUCAAGCACGCCGAAUCCUGUCCUGUCCGUGCCCGUUGCCCCAGGAUCCCUCGCCUAGGGCCGGUCCUCCCGCCGGAUGUCGACACGACCCUCCCCUCUCGCCUAGAGCACAGCAGACUUGCAUCCGCACUUCCAACGAAACACUUCAAAACAUCAACCCCACUAUGGAGGCAAGGGCAUCGUCACCGCUGCCCUCGGACAUUGACCGGGAGCGCGAGGCUCAGGUCAUUUCGGAGCACCUCCCCGCCGGUUACUCUGCCGAAUUCGACGGCGGUGCCGAUGACCAAGACUCGGGCGAGGCCUCAGGCAGCAUCAGCGGCGAUGCGGGCAGUCUCGAGAGCUCUCUCAAGCUGCAGGGCGGCGACAUGCAUCGCGACCUCUUUAGGGCGGCGGCUCGCACGCGCAUGCACAAACGUGCUGCCACCUUCCACAGUCCCCGCCUCCAGCCGGCCGAUGCCGAAGACGAGGGCCUCACCAUUGCCGAUCACAUGGUUCCAGGAGGCUUCCGGCGCGCUUUCAUCCAGCAGAACCGCACCGAUCAUCUUUGGGCGUCCAAGAUCCCCGUCACCCGCAACUUUGUAGAGUUCCUCGACCUCUAUGGCAGCUUCGCUGGUGAGGAUCUGGCAGACUCGGACGACGAGGCUAUCGAAUCGGAUGACGAAGCCCAGGACGAAGACGAUGGCCGGCCCUCAGAGACACGCCCCUUGCUCGGUCGCCGCAAGAGCGCACGGGCGCCGAGGGCUUCUACCGCCAGCACGACAAAGACCUUCUUCACCCUCCUCAAGGCCUUUAUCGGCACGGGCAUCAUGUUCCUCCCCAAGGCUUUCAACAAUGGUGGCAUCCUCUUCUCUUCGCUGACAAUGCUCACCGUUGCCGUUGUUACCAUGGUCGCCUUCCACCUCCUGCUCGAGUGCAAGGCCAAGUACGGCGGCGGUUAUGGUGAGAUUGGCCAGGCCAUCGCGGGCUCGCGCAUGCGCAGCCUGAUUCUCGCCUCGGUGACCCUGUCCCAGCUUGGUUUUGUGUGCGCCGGCAUAGUCUUUGUCGCGGAGAACAUGACCUCCUUCCUCGAGGCCGUGUACCACACGUCCGAGUCACCACUGUCCGCCACGGCGCUCGUGCUGUGCCAGCUCGUCGUGCUCAUCCCGCUCGCCUUUAUCCGCAACAUCGCCAAGCUCGGCCCAGCCGCCCUCCUCGCAGACGUGUGUAUCCUGCUGGGUGUGAGCUACAUCUACUACUUUGACAUUGCACAGAUAGCAUCCCACGGAAUCCACAAGACGGUCGUCCUGUUCAACCCGGACAGCUACUUCCUCACCAUCGGCUCGGCCAUCUUCACCUUUGAGGGCAUCGGCCUGAUCCUGCCCAUCCAGUCCUCCAUGGCCAAGCCCGAGCGCUUCGAGCCCCUGCUGGGCACAAUCAUGAUCAUCAUCACGGUCCUGUAUACCUCUGUCGGGGCGCUCUGCUACGCCACCUUUGGCACGCACACGAGCAUCGAGAUCAUCGACAACUACCCGCAGACCAGCAAGUUCGUGAACGCCGUGCAGUUCCUCUACUCGCUCGCCGUGCUCGUCGGCACGCCCGUCCAGCUCUUCCCCGCGCUGCGCAUCAUCGAGGGCAAGAUCUUCGCCGCGUCAAAGUCGGGCAAGAAGUCCACGCGCACAAAGUGGACCAAGAACGCGUUCCGCACCUUCCUCGUGUGCCUGUGCGGCGCCAUCAGCAUUGUCGGCGCCGGCAACCUCGACCGCUUCGUCGCGCUCAUCGGCAGCUUUGCCUGCGUGCCCCUGGUGUACAUCUAUCCUGCCUACCUGCACUACAAGGGCGUCGCGCAGGGCCGCUGGGCCAGGAUGGGCGACGUGGUGUUUAUGGCUGUCGGGGCGGUCUGCAUGGUCUUCACUACUGUUAUUACUGUUGUAAAUAGCUUCUUUUGAGUGUCCUGCGAAGAAACGGGGGGUAGAUCCGAGGAUCUGGAGAUGAGCGGCUUGCGGAUAUGCUACCGUUGGUGUCGUCUUGCAAAUAUCACGGUACCUUCGGCGACCACAAACAAUAGAGAGAUGUUUGGAUAUACUCUCCUAGAAAGGGUUACAUUUUGUACAUGAUUCGUGGAGAAAACGGGAAAACAAAAAGGCGAGGAUCUGGCGCACAUGAGCAUAUCAUCACACAUUUGCAUCACCACGGCUCUGGAGUCCUUGCUUUCAAUGGUUUAAU